ACCCAAGGACGAAGAGGAGGUGCUUGUGAGUGCCAUGACUGUCACAUACCCUAAACCCUCCACCUCAACCCAGGCAGCAUGGGCAGCUCCUGCCCAGACUCUGGACGUUUUUCUGCCCAGACCCUGCCUGGAUGAAGAAGAGGUAGUGCCCAGCUCCUCCUUGAAGGACAACUCUGUGACGACCACCCAUGCAGCACUGGCAGCUCCUUCCCAGACCCUGGAAGAAGAGGUGGGAGAAGCUGAGGUGUCCGAUGUGAGUGACAGCUCCCUGAUGCCCACCAAGGCCCUUGAGAAGAUUCCCUCCCUCCUACCAGGCAAGGUCCUUAUCGAGGAGGACACCGUCAGUUGCAGCACUCCCUGGGCCACCGUCAUGAGCCCCCAGACCCUGAAGUUUAUCCUCCACGGCAUCAUGUGCCGACUGGAGGCCUCAGAGUCCCCCCAGACAAGGAGGGCCAAUGACCCCUUCAGGCUGAUGAAGGAUCUCUUUCUGGAGGUCCAGCAUGCCCUGAAGUAUGCUGACAUCUCUGUCGUCUUUGGCCUGGAGGAGAGCAUUCAAUUCAGGGGGGAGGAUGCGGUGAAGGCCAUCGUGAAGACUGCAGCUAGAAGAUUGUCCCUGCGUUCGGACUCCAACCGGGCUCAACUGCGUGCCGCGCGCUCUGGUGUUGAGGCAGCCAUCAGGUGCAUGGCGGACACCAUCACACAAGUCAUAGAUGACUAUUCCGAGGACUGGAGUUCCGGCGGCCAUUUUGGAGCCAGGAGGAGACGUGCUAGUGGGAGGUCACACUCCUCAACCUCCUCAAGGAGUGACGUCACCCUCACGGAGGAGCUCCUGGCCCGGAGGGAAUCCCUUGAAGAGGACCUAGAGGAGAUGGCUGAUGACAGCACUGGUUUGGAGAAGACCAUUGUAAGCUCAGCCAUCUCUGCCAAGUCCCAGGAGAAGGAGAAGGAAGAGGCUAUGAAGGAAGAAGUGAGGAAGUCAGGAAAGAAGAGCCGAAUAAAUAAUAAGGACCAGAAGAAGAACAAGGUGUCUCCUCUUGGCAAUGAUAGUACUGUGGCUGCAGAUGAGCCGAAGAAAAACAGGCUCUCUUCCCGCGGAUCACAGCUGCCCUGUUUCGUGGUGUCCGUGUGUUGGCAUGACAUAGCAGCUACGAGCAAGAGCCGCUUCGAUUAUGGGAACAUUCAGCUUGGCUGCCACAGACUGGAGUGCAGAGAGGAACUGCUGAGCAGCAUUGGUACCUUCAUGAUUAAACAGCAGCAGCGGACCUCUGGUUUAUCACUGACCAAUGGUUCCCCCUAUUAG